UAAUUAAAAUUGUAAAGCUUAACGAAUAAAAAAUAAAAUAAGAAUUGAAUAAAACAAUUAAACAAAAGUAAUAAUAUUGUUAUUCGAAUUAAAGUCCCAGUGACCUCUCUCUACCCUUCACAUUAAACGCGUCUAUAAAUCUUGUUAUCAACAUCAAACACUGGGACUGUACUAGCUCAGUAGUUUAUUAUCGAGUGUGCCAGUGUAGGUUGAUCCAAGAUGUGAACUAUUAUCUACUUCUCUACAUCCUCACGUUCAUUAAUAUGUUAUUAUUAUUAUUAUUUUUGUUCUACGUAUUCUCUCUAUAUCUUUAUGUACACAUUGAAUGUAUAAUACAAUAAUAUAAUAUAUCUCAUGUCGCAUGAAGAAAUUUCGAGACGUUUCAAAGAAUAUGUGGUGUAGAGGGGCAGGGUAAUGACUAAUCAGAUCCUUCCCACUUAAACGAUUUUAAUCCCCGUUUUAACGUCGGCGAGCUAUCAUUUUAAUAGACGUUCAAUUCGCUCUGUCAAAUUAUUUUCAUCCUUCAACAAGUUAAGUCACUGAAAAUGAAGCUGUUGCUGGCAGUAAUUGCCGCACUCACAGUUAGCCUUGGAGCUGCACUCGAUCCUCAUGAACACAACAAGGUUGUCUGUUAUUGGAACUCUACCUCAUUCGAACGUCCAGGACCAGGAAAAUUCCAAAUAGAUGAUUUAAAACCAGCAAUACCUUACUGUACGCACCUUGUCUACGGAUUCGCAGGAAUCGACCCCAAUAGCUUUGAAGCGAUUCCUCUGCACCCAAAUCUCGAUACCGGAGCAGGAUAUUCCUUUUACCGGAUUGUAAAUCAGCUGAGACAGACUUACCCCCAUCUUAAAGUCUACCUCAGCGUGGGGGGUAACGCCGACCCCGACUACGACACCCACAAAUAUUUGACUGUGACCGAGACCCCUGAAGCGCGAAACAAAUUCAUAAACUCCGCGGUAAGGCUGGUUACCGAGUACGACUUUGACGGAAUCGACCUCGCCUGGGAGUUCCCCGAGACCAAAGUUAAGAAGCACCGCAGCACAUUCGGUAAUGUUUGGCACAACAUUAAGAAAGCCUUUGGAGGCGGAAAAUUCAAGGACGAGCAUGAGGAAGAGCACCGAAAUGGAUUCACGAACUUGGUGCGUGACCUCAAGGUUCAAUUGAGAUCAAAAAACAAGGCUUUGACACUCACCGUCUUGCCCCAUGUCAACGCGAGCAGUAAGUUUGACGCAAGACUUCUUGCUCCCAACAUCGAGGCCGUUCAUUUGAUGGCCUUCGAUCAGAUAACACCUGAAAGAAAUCCUAAAGAAGCUGAUUACCCUGCGCCCAUUUAUGAAAGUUACAACCGUGUGCCUCAGGAUAAUAUUGACGCUUCUGUUAGAUACUGGCUGGAACACGGAACUCCCGGAGGUAAGAUCGUAAUAGGAAUCCCAGCGUUCGCUCGUACGUGGAAACUGACAUCAGAAAGCCAAAUCUCCGGAGUGCCGCCAAUAGUAGCUGACGGGCCUGGAGCAGAGGGACCUCACACAGCAACUCCAGGACUCCUGUCAUACGGAGAAGUCUGCACCCGUCUGACGGAAAGCCACGUGGGUAGACUGAGACGCGUCAGUGAUCCGUCAAAGAAGUACGGAAGCUACGCGUACCAAUCCUACAACCCCGAGACGUCGGCUGACGGGAUCUGGGUCGGGUAUGAAGACCGCGAUACUGCUGGAAACAAGGCCAGCUACUCAAAAGCCAAAGGUCUCGGCGGCGUUGCCAUCUGGGAUCUUUCCACCGACGAUUUCCGAGGGAUCUGCGCCGGAGAUAAAUUCCCCAUCGUCCACGCUGCUAAAGAUAAACUCUAAUUAUCAUUAACAGUAAUUAAUACCCAAUAAGUAACAAUAAUAAUUUUAAAUAAAACUAUUUUAUUUUAUUUAAAUAAAUUUAAUAAAAUAUUUAACGCA